CAAAUCUUUCAGUUCGUUGAGUGAUUCGGUUCUGUCAGGUUCUGCUGGUGGCUUGUCAUCGUCGCCGUUGUUGUAUCAUCUCCACAUUGGUUCUGUACGGGAGAAGGAAUAUCAGUCUAUUGGCAACAGAAAAACGUGCGGAACAGCUACCUACCCCGAUCAUCGUCUAGUGCCGUGGUGUGUAGGCGUGAAGCGAUUGGCCCCGAAAAAGCAAAAAGUUGCUGGUGACGAAUUUCCCUCUGCAUUUCCAGCACUAACCUUCAGCUCGUGGAUCGACGCCCCGUGUGCAAAUCUUGGUGCGGUCUAGCACGAAAAGUAGUUUGCUUCGAUUCGAGAGGUUUUUCUGAUACUGAUUGGCCUCGAAUAGUUUGAUAUUGAUAAAGUUUACGUCGCUAGAAGAGUCCUGUGUGAUUGCUUGCUUACGUUCGCGGUUAGAGAAGCCUUGUGUAACGUUUUGCUGUGCAAAAGUUGAAAUCACCCGAAUAUUCUGGCUCGAAAUCCAGCUCAGUCGCGAAUAAAUUGAGUGACUCAUUGCUGCCUCAAGUUCCAACUCCGGCUUAACACGUCAAUAGAGAAGCAAAGAUGCUGAUCAAAGAGUUUCGAGUGACGUUGCCAUUGACGGUUGAGGAGUAUCAAGUAGCACAGCUCUACUCAGUGGCAGAGGUGUCGAAAAAUGAAACGGGUGGCGGAGAAGGCAUAGAGGUGUUAAAAAAUGAACCAUUCACCAACUAUCCACUAUUGGGUGGCAAAUAUUCCUCAGGCCAGUAUACGUACAAAAUCUACCAUCUGGCAUCAAAGGUACCGGCAUUCAUUAGGCUACUGGCCCCCAAAGGAUCUCUAGAAGUGCACGAAGAGGCUUGGAAUGCGUAUCCCUACUGCCGGACAGUAAUAACCAAUCCCAAAUGGAUGAAGGAGAAAAUGAUGUUGAUGGUGGAGACGCUACAUGCCGAAGGAGAUGGAGAAAUGGAAAACGCUCACGAGCUGCCAGCAGAAAAGCUGAAAAUGCGUGAUGUGGUGCACAUUGACAUUGCCAACGAUCCUGUGACUGCCGCCGAUUACAAAGAAACGGAGGAUCCUACUAAAUUCAAGUCGCAGAAAACUGGUCGAGGACCGCUGGUCGGACCCGACUGGAAGAAAAAGGUCCAACCUGUGAUGACCUGCUACAAGCUCGUUACGUGUGAGUUUAAGUGGUUCGGACUGCAGUCGAGAAUAGAAAGUUUUAUCCAGAAAUCAGAGCGAAGACUGUUCACGAUUUUCCACCGACAAGUGUUUUGCUGGAUGGACAGCUGGCACGGUCUAACCAUGGAGGACAUCCGUGAGUUGGAGGACAAAACCAAAGAGGAACUGGAUAAGCAACGUCACCUCGGCGAGGUUCGCGGUAUGCGUGCCGAAACGGAUUAGGCGCACGGUUUAACGGUAUUUUGAGGUAACAGAUUACACCAUCCUGGUUUACGGAAAGUGGGAGCAGCAUACUGCACUGGAGGAGAGGUAUAGACAUUAAAUCUAUUAAAUGAAAAAUAACAGAGCAGAUUUAAAAAAUACAACAGUUAUUAAACGAAAAAGAAAAAAAAAUAACAAAAAUCUACUGCAGCAGUACACACAAUAAGACUUACACCUAAACCUACACAAAACUAGACACGCAGACACACAUGAAGCAACUGUAUUAGGAUUCUUUUAGAAAGCCACGAGCAAAUCUAAAGCAUAUGCAAAGGGUUCUGUUUAGGGCGAAACGGCCAAGCAAAAAAUAGCACGUAGCGUUUAGCGGAGAUGGAUGCAAAAUGUUAGGCGUUAAUAUUCUGAAUGGUGAAGAAGCAAAACAACAACUAGAUAAAUAGGAUACAGCAAUCAGUUUACUUCUUAUUUAUGAAGCGAAAGAGCACUACAUUUUAAGUUAGAUGAGAGUAAGCAUGGAGGUCCAUGCGGGAAAUAGUCAAAUUUGUUUUAAACAUGAUGCUAAUUUAAUUCCAUCGCACCCAUUAUCAAGUUCCGAUGAGUUUUUAUGUUGAUAUUAAGUUGACGCAUACACACACGCCUUAAUUUUUCCUACCUUGUUUUAACGGCAAUUUCAUAUUUAAAUGGAUGACCAGAGUGAGCACAUCGUGCUUAUGCGUGCGUGAGUGAAGAAAAAUCUAAAAUGGCAUACGAGUGUGAAAGCUAUUUUAGUUCAAUCGAGGAUAUUCCAUGGAUUUCGGUGCGCAUGUAGUUUCAGUUCUAGUAGGCAAAGUUAACUAAAACAAAAAUAAGCAAAUCGAUUCUUUCCAUUAACAUUAAUGUGAUUUAGUGGAGAAGUGCAGUGUUAGGCGACCGAUGGAAACUGAAAACCAAGUCAUAAUCAAUUUGUGAGUUCUGUCGUUCGCAUUUGCAGGUGCCGAUAUGUAUAAUACAUCUUUCUGGUACACUAGAACUAUAAAAAACAAACAAAAAACACUGACGACGAAACAUGCUAUUCAACAAACGAUUUGUUCCGGCGAUAAACUUGGUGAACGUUAUGAAAUUAAAAAAUGAAGUUCGAAAAAAUA